GUGUUUUCUUCUUUCCGUCAUUCACAGCCUAGUUUUUCUUUUUACGUUUAGAAGGUAGUUUAGUUGGCUGUAAAAUUUAUUCUCGUAAUGGCUGCCACGCUAAAUGAGUAGCUUAUUGGUUAUGUCAUGUUUAAAAUCUUUACAUAUGAGGUUUUUAAAAGGAAAACUCAACAAGUGUCUUGAACUAUGAUCGUAUGAAAACUGUUGUAGCAUCAACCAUCCUGGAACGUUUCUUCUUUCAUGUUUCCUUUUUUGGCAAUUAAGUUAUGGACUCGGCGUUUGUGUAUUAAAUGUUAUGAAAACAUAAUCUAUGCUACGUAAAAAGUGUAUAACGAGACCAUAUUGAGUGUCAAGUGCAUUGAGGAUAGUCAAAAUGACGGACCCGAGAUCGUCGUCAGCUCUGUUCAAGAGAGCCGAGCAGUUGAAAAGAUGGGAGGAAUCCGAUACCAACAAACAAUCAUCAUCGCCGAAAAGGGAAUCAAGAAUUCAAUUUUCACCGGGAAUUGUGUUUUUAGCGGCUUGCACUUCUGGGGACAAGGAAGAAGUUCAAAGAUUAUUGAAAAUGGGCGCAGAUAUAAACACCGCGAACGUGGAUGGCCUCACGGCGCUACAUCAGGCUUGUAUCGAUGAUAAUCUGGAGAUGGUUGAGUUUCUAGUGGAGCACGGGGCUGAUGUCAAUAGGGGCGACAACGAGGGCUGGACACCGCUGCAUGCGACGGCUUCCUGCGGCUUUCUGAGCAUAGCCAGAUAUCUUCUGGAGAAUGGUGCGGACGUUGCAGCUGUAAACUAUGACGGCGAGCUGUCUGUUGAUAUCGCUGAGAGCGAUAAGAUGGAGGAACUGCUGCAGAAAGUUAUUGAUGAUAAAGGAAUAGACUGCGAGAAGUCACGUAAUGCAGAGGUGAACAAAUUAUUAAGCGAUGCCAAGAACUGGGCAGCUCAUGGUUAUGUUGAAGUGAGGGACCCCAAGACCGGCGGGACUCCGCUGCAUGUUGCUGCCGCUAAGGGUUACAUUGACGUGGCUCAGACCUUACUUGACGAAUGCAACGUCGAUCCAGACUGUGUGGACUACGAAGGUUGGAGUCCUCUUCAUGCGGCAGCGUUGUGGGGCCAGAAGGAGGCAGCGGCUAUACUGAUCAAGUAUGGAGCUGAUCCUAACUUAAAGAACUACUCGGGUCAGACAUGUUUGGACCUCGUAGACCCGAGUAUAUCGACGUGGCUGGCUGAGGCUGCCCUGAAGGCUCCGCGUCGUAUUAACAACAAUAACAACAACAUCAACAAACUGAAGAGUCCUCUACGAAACGACGUCAAGAGAGUCGAGUUGCAGAUAACUGGACAAGAUGACAAUAUCAUUAAUGACAAGCCACCGGCGCCUGAAAUAGUUCCCAAGGCGGAUUGCAAGCCGCCCAAACGUAGAGCACCGUCUCCAGAGGCAGAAUUUGCUGAGAACGAAGAGACAGAGGACGCUCCGUCCUGGAGGAGAUCAGCCUCCUUCAGGAACAGACAGCAAGAAAAUUCACGUGAAAAUAAACCAUCUAACAAUAAUUUGGACAAUGACACGAUUCUGAGAAGAACUCACAGCUUUGAAAACGAUAAGACUUUCUAUCAACGCUACCGUGACGUGACGGCCCGUAUAAAGGCGUCCUCGUGUCCCUCUAUACCGCCCACGACUAUCGAGAUCGGUCGCACUAACAAUGUAGCGACUAACGAGGACGCUCACAACAGAGUAAGUGCAACUGACAGGAGGGAGAAAGAAACACCGAACACUAGCGCUGCUACUUCUACUACCACUACACAGACGUCAGUUAGGAGAAUAAGUCCAACAGAGAGGCGAGACAGGGAUGUUCCUACAGUAACGAGUGCUAACGCUAGUCCAACCAACACACAGUCUACAGUCAGAAGAAUAAGUCCUACGGAAAGAAGUGGAAACGCGAGCCCAACAAACACCACGCAGACAACAGUUAGAAGCUCUUCGGAGAGCGUAGAGUCGAACAGUAGCAAUUCAACACCAAGUACGGCGACGCCCACAAAGCUGUCGCCUGGGAACAUAUUCAAGAAUUUCUUCAAGUCGUUUGUGCCGCCUGUGAGGGAUGAGGAGAGUGAGACUCAGAGGAAAGCUCACGCCAAGCGAGUUCGUGAGACGAGACGGUCUACUCAGGGCGUGACGCUGGAUGAGAUCAAAUCAGCUGAACAGCUUGUUAAGAAGAAAGCCGGUAAUGGAACUGACGCUGCCCCCGCCAUCAAGAACAACGACGACAGUCACAUCAACACUGACCAGGGUCGCGGCAAGGUGGGCUUGUCGCUGGCUUUGGCGUGCGCUACCGCAACCGCCACGGCAACCAUCGCGCCGAACAGCGAGCGACGCCCUUCGUGGCGGCUGCGGGUCGACCCUACCAACAAGUUCGAGUUGGAAGACGCUGGCCGGUCAUCACCUCGUACAACAGCACCAGCGGCGGAGGCUACUGUCACUCUACCGUUACGUCGCUCUAUCACUACCAGCCCCACAAAUGUGACCAACAACGCCGCCACCAUCGCCACCACCGCCGUCACCGCCGCCACAAUCACCAACGCCACCACCACAACAACCAUCAUCAAUGACGGAGUUAACAAGGAAGAUCUCCGGACUGAAGAGGACAAGGAGCGUGAGAGCAGUUUGGAGAGCAAGUCGUCUUCGUCUCCGGCGAGCACACAGGCGGCUAUGAACGUUAUACAACGUAGGAGACGACCGAAGAGACGCUCCACCGGGGUCGGGCACGUCGAUAUGGAUGACAUAGUUAACGAUCGCGGAGGGGGCGGGGAAGGCGAUGGAGACACGGAUAAUGUACCGUCUGGCAGCGAGCGUACAGAAGACGGUGAGGAAACUGACUACAAGGUGUUGUAUGAAGCGUCCCAGGUCGAGGUCCGGCGUCUGAGAGGACUCCUCUCCACUUCCGAGCAACAAUUGAGAGACGCUCGCGCAACUAUUACCAAGCUCACUCAAGUGAACCAAAAUUCUUUAUCUGAGAUCGAGAAGCGAGAAAAGAGAGCGAUGGAGAGGAAACUGUCCGAGAUGGAGGAGGAGCUGAGGCAAUUGCAAAAACUUAAAGCCGAGAACGAAAGGCUGAGGGCCGAAAACCGUGCCCUUACCCGGGUCGUCAGCAAAUUGACCAACUCAGCCGCCAAAUAGUACCAUCAAGCGCUUCAAGCGGAGAAUCAGCGGCUGAAGGACGAGAACGGCGCACUUAUCAGAGUGAUCAGCAAGCUGUCCAAGUGAGGAACUGAGUAUUUUCCUAUAUAGGUGUAUAUAACUCGGGAACCUUUAUAAAAUAUCACAUGAUUUACCCUAUUCCGAGACAGACUAUAUUCUUAUAUGAAUUACCUUAUUUAUUUAUUUUUUAAUAUGUGUGUAACAUAUUUCCUUAAUGAUUUUAUUCUGUAAUUAGAAUAUGUUGAACAAUAAUGACUUCCAUUUAUUGACUGUGGUCUUGCUACAUAAUUUUUUUUUAUGGUUUUGAAUUAUACGAUAUAAAAAAUAUAACGGUCUGUUUAUUUCAUUGCUUUGUUUUGGAACAGGGUAUGGUAGUAGCUUGUGUUAACUAUCAUCAGUUUGUUAAUAUUAAGUACACAUUGUUGUAGUCCAAAUACUUAUUAUGCAAUCAGAUGUACUUAAUAAUAUAUUAUUGUAUUAGAACAUUCGUAUUUAACAGUCACGUUAGUGAGUGUAUGAUUGAUGUCUUUAUAUGGAACUGUUCCCAACAUAGUCCUUGUUUUUUUCACGUUUAAUGUAUUCCUAAAUGAUUAAGGUGUAAAGUAGGUUAGCCAUAAAAAAUACGAAGGGCUCUAAUACCCUUUGAUCUUAUAUAUAAUAAUAUUUAUAUAAAAUGUAUCUUUUCAAUUAAUUGUUCAUAAAGUUUUUAUUUAUUUAAAGAACUAGGAAUUUUAGUAAUAAAAACCCUAAUUCGUAUAUUUA